GCAUUGACUGCUGUACAAAUGGCUUUAAAGAUGAAAAAUGUGCACAAAUAUGAUAAAGCAACAAAAUUGUUUCAGCAUGCAUUAGCAUUACAACCUCUUCACCCUGAUGUCUUGAAUAAUUAUGGAGAAUUUCUUGAGGAAAAAGAGAAUGAUGUCUUAAAAGCAGAUCAUUUAUACGUAAGAGCACUUACUGUCAGUCCUGAACAUUCUCGUGCUCUAGUUAAUAGGAAACGAACAUUGCCUGUUGUUAAGGAGUUAGAUGAACAAGAAUUAGAAAGAAUUGACAAAAAAAGAAUUAAGUUAAUAAAAAUGAAUCAUAAAGAUCCUGCAUUAAAAAGAAUAAAAAAAGAAAUAUAUUUUCAGCACAUAUAUCAUACCGUUGCUAUAGAAGGAAAUACCAUGACCCUUGCAGAAGCUCGAUCUGUAGUUGAAACUCGAAUGGCAGUUCCUGGCAAAAGCAUAAUGGAACAUAAUGAAAUUUUAGGACUUGAGUCAGCCUUACGUUAUAUAAAUAAGACUUUAGUCAACAAAGAUGAAUUGAUAACAGUAGUCGACAUUUUGGAAAUACAUAAAAGAGUUCUUGGUAAUGUCGAUCCUUUAGGAGCUGGGACUUUCCGACAAAACCAAGUUUUUGUGGGUGAGCACGUACCACCUUUAGCAUCUGAUGUUGCUGAUUUAAUGGAAGAAUUUGUGAAUUGGUUGCAGUCUGAAACCAUUUUACAGUUGCACCCUGUGAAUCAAGCUGCAUUAGCACAUUACAAACUUGUAUAUAUUCAUCCAUUUGUAGAUGGUAAUGGAAGAACUGCAAGAUUACUAAUGAAUUUAAUAUUAAUGAGAGCUGGGUAUCCACCAGUUAUAAUUCGGAAACAAGACAGAGCACGUUAUUAUAAAUAUUUACAAUUAGCUAAUGAAGGUGAUAUUAGACCCUUUCUACGUUUUAUUGCCCAUUGUACAGAAUGUACAUUAGAUGUAUUUUUAUAUGCUAAUGAAUAUGGCACAGAAUGUCUUAAAGCUUUAGAAUCGAGAUUUAAAGAGAAAAAUGAUAUUAUUCCAUUAUGA